AAACCGGAGCCGGAAGUACUGGGGGACACGCGGGUCCCCAGCAUGGCGGCCGCCUGGCCCUUUGGGCCGGUUGUUCCGGAGGUCGUGGCCGCCCAGCUCAUGGGUCUCCUGUGGUUCGUGUCAGCCACCACGGGACCGUGGGGAGCUGCCGCUACCGCCGCCAUCGGGGGCGAGGAGACGCUUAAAUGCGAGGACCUCAAAGUGGGACAAUAUAUUUGUAAAGAUCCAAAAAUAAAUGAUGCUACCCAAGAACCAGUUAACUGUACAAACUACACAGCUCAUGUUCUGUGUUUUCCAGCACCCAACAUAACUUGCAAGGAUUAUGGUGGUAAUGAAAUACAUUUUACUGGAAAUGAAGUUGGUUUUCUCAAGCCCAUAUCCUGCCGAAAUGUAAAUGGCUAUUCAUACAAAGUAGCAGUUGCACUCUCUCUUUUUCUUGGAUGGUUGGGAGCAGAUCGAUUUUACCUGGGAUACCCUGCCUUGGGUUUGUUAAAGUUUUGCACUGUAGGGUUUUGUGGAAUUGGGAGCCUAAUUGACUUCAUUCUUAUUUCAAUGCAGAUUGUUGGACCUUCAGAUGGAAGUAAUUAUAUUAUAGAUUAUUAUGGAACCAGACUUACAAGACUCAGUAUUACUAAUGAGACCUUUAGAAAAACACAGUUAUAUCCAUAAAUAUUUUUAAAAGAAACAGAUUUGGACAUCUUUGAGUUAAAUAGAGAACUCUCAGUAUGUGGAAUUCCAGAUUUUCCUUUAUCCUUCUUCACAUACCACUUGUGGAUUCUGUAUAAUUUUUUGUUGUGUUGAUAUUUUUUGUGUUUUAGUUAAAAGUGUAUUAUUUGAGAUUUAUUUAACAUGACUUUCUUGGAGAGCUGUUUGAUAAUAGAGUCUUUCUUAGUCUACUGUCUCUGUGAGACAGAUAGGUUAUUACCCUGAUAGUCUUUAACGUCUUUUCCAAAGGCAAGUGGCCACUUGUCAUUUUUGCAUCUAAAAAAAUAAAAAGUAUGACUUAUCCACA